CUCAGCUGCUUCCGAGGCAUCUCAGCUUCUGCGAGACGCGGUCGAAUCGAAAGGUGCGAGUUUUCGCGAGCCUCGCUUCUCAGGGAGGACGAAGAUCGAAGAAGGGCUUGAGAGUCGUGGGAGGAGGAGGAGGAGGAGGAGAUGUUGAGGGUUGCGACCAGAAGGCUCCCUUCUCUCGUCACGCCGUGGAGGCCCAACCACGCGGCCGCCUCCGCCGUCGCCUCCCGGGGCCCCGUCGGCGGCUCCGAUUCGUCGUCUGCGUCCGACGAGCUCAGAUCCGCCGGAUUCUCCGGGUCUUUCUUUUGCAGACCGGAGCUGAAUCUGCCGCACAGAGGUUUUGCUUCAGAGUCGCUGACCCCUAGAAAGGAGGACAGUGUAGCUCCUGGUGUUCCACCAACUGUGGCUGCUGUUAAGAACCCCACUUCAAAGAUUACUUAUGAUGAGUACAAUCAUGAGCGCUUCCCUCCUGGUGACCCGAGCAAGCGGGCAUUUGCCUACUUUUGCUUGACAGGUGGUAGAUUUGUCUAUGCCUCACUUAUCCGUCUGCUUGUCCUCAAGUUUGUCCUGAGCAUGUCAGCCAGUAAGGAUGUUCUUGCUAUGGCUUCUCUCGAGGUUGAUCUGUCCAGUAUUGAGCCAGGCUCUACCGUGACUGUUAAGUGGCGUGGCAAGCCUGUUUUCAUCAGGCGUCGAACUGAGGAGGAUAUUAAGCUGGCAAACAGUGUUGAUUUGUCAUCUCUUCGUGACCCACAGCCAGAUUCAGACAGAGCUAAGAACCCCGAGUGGCUUAUAUUGAUUGGUGUAUGCACACACCUGGGUUGCAUUCCCCUGCCUAAUGCUGGUGAUUUUGGAGGAUGGUUUUGUCCGUGCCAUGGUUCUCACUAUGACAUCUCCGGGCGGAUUCGAAAAGGUCCUGCACCAUAUAACUUGGAGGUACCCACUUACAGCUUCCUGGAGGAAAACAAGCUAAUGAUUGGUUGAGGGCUCCGGAAAACUUCCUUUCGUUGAUUGAGAUGGCAAAGAUUUUUAAUCAACUUAAUAUUUUGAUAAUGUCGAAGAUUAUUGGUCUCAUCUGAGCAUCUCGGACAGUCUCGGGCGAAGUUUAGAAAUGUUCUGUAUAUUUCCUUCUGAGCGUCUUUGUUUCUGCGCUCGUUGCUUUAAACUAAAUAAUUAUACUCGCACUCUGCUGAGCAGAGCUCAGGUUGAGCCUCCUCGACUUGUAUGGAACCAGGUUGCUGAGUCGAAAUUUAUUGUCUGUUUAUUGCA